AUGCGAGCAACCCCCCCCAUCAACAGUCCUCGAGCCCCCGAAACAGCCAGCCCCCCUCCCCCUGCCCAGGAAGCCGCCGCCGUCCCUCGGCAUCUCAUCUCGUGGCUACAGAAUUCGUUUGUCAUGAACGGGAAGAAGAGGGGUGGCCAGCGGGCCGAGUGGGCUGACCUCACCCUCCCUUGGGACACAGGUCCCAGCAGCAUCCCCAGCAGCGCCAUUGCCCACUGUCCCAACCAUGGCAGGGAGCUCUUGAUCCAGCUGGUCCGGGUCUUGGUCGUUUUCUCCCUGGGGCUGACCCAUCUGUCUCUCUCCUCUGCGUCCCUGGUUCCCUUGGACCCCACACCGCUGGUCCUGCAGAAUGUGCCCCACAAGACCUCGCUGCCCGACGGCAUCCGAGUGGGCACGGUGAUGAGGAUUCGUGGUGUCGUCCCGGACAAGGCUGGCAGGUUCUAUGUGAAUCUGCUGUGCAGCGAGGCCCCGGGGAGUGAGGCCGCCCUGCAUUUCAAUCCCCGCCUGGAUGAGUCAGCUGUGGUCUUCAACACCCUGGAGCAGGGCACCUGGGGCCGAGAGGAGCGCGGCUCAGGCAUUCCCUUCCAGCACGGGCAGCCCUUCGAUGUGCUCCUCAUUGCCACGGACGAAGGCUUCAAGGCGGUGGUCGGCGACUCGGAGUACCACCACUUCCGCUACCGGAUCCCGCCGGCGCGCGUGCGCCUCUUGGAGGUGGGCGGGGACCUGCAGCUGGAAUCCGUGAAGAUCUUCUGAGACCCCCGGGAGGGGGUCCCAGGAAUGGCAAAUAAAG